AAACAGCCAAUUUUCUUGCAGAAUUGGGAUUCAACUAAACUCAUCUCCAUGAUGAAAGGUCUAGCAGAGAGAAGGAAACUUCAAGAUUUAACCAUAGGCCCUGUUCUUACUGUUACAACAGAAAGCAUGAUGGAACACAUCAAUAACCUACUUCAGAUUCCAGGAUCAAAGUUACUCUUUGGCGGAGAACCAUUAAUAGAUCAUUCUAUUCCAAAAAUAUAUGGAGCUAUGCAACCUACGGCUGUUUUUGUUCCCAUUGAGGAGAUCCUCAAAGAAAACAAUUUUGCUUUGGUGACAAAAGAAAUUUUUGGCCCCUUCCAGAUUGUUACACAGUACAAGCAAGAUCAACUUAACAUGGUUUUGGAUGCUUGUGAGAGGAUGCAUGCUCAUCUAACUGCUGCAGUUGUAUCGAACGAUCAAUUAUUCUUGCAGGAAGUUCUUGGGAGAUCUGUGAAUGGGACGACAUAUGCUGGUAUGAGAGCAAGGACAACAGGAGCUCCCCAAAAUCACUGGUUUGGGCCUGCUGGAGAUCCGAGAGGUGCGGGAAUUGGAACCCCUGAAGCGAUCAAACUUGUGUGGUCUUGCCACCGGGAGAUCAUAUGCGACAUCGGUCCCUUGCCUAAGAACGAAAUAUGUGGCUGGAAGCUUGUAACAGUGCUGUUAAAAUAUGGAUUGAUGAAAUGAUGGUAUUUUCAGCUCAAAGAGUCGGACUAAAUAAAAUAUUAGCAAGGGUCCAUCACGUCUCAUAGAGCUAUGUCUUGAUCACCUGCAGCUGCAUAAACGCAUAAAAGCAGAAGGCCGUAUGCAAAUUUCUAACUAGUUCUCGUC